AUGCCAAGCGUGGAACGACACAUCGCGAGAUCAGCUGUAGUACCGAUGCAACACUCACAGACUCAAGGUAACACGUCUAAGCCGACAAACCACUUCGAGACUUUGCAAUUACAUGCCGGUUACGAACCAGAUACGGCCACAAAUGCACGAGCAGUCCCUAUUUAUGCUAGCAGCAGUUUUGCCUUCAAUAAUUCUGCUCAUGGUGCAAAGCUCUUUAGUCUAGGCGAGACAGGUUACUCGUAUAGUCGGAUCCGUAACCCCACGGUCGAUGUUUUCGAAAAAAGGAUCGCAGCUCUAGAAGGGGGUGUCGCAGCUGUUGCAGCAAGUUCUGGCCAAGCCGCUCAAUUCAUGACAAUUACAGCACUUGCGCAAGCUGGGGAAAACAUCAUCUCAUCCAUAAAUUUGUACGGAGGAACCUUUAAUCAAAUGAAAAUAACCCUUCCGCGAUUUGGUAUAACUACAAAGUUUGUAGAAACAGUCCAAGGUUUUGCCAUGGCAAUUGACGAAAAAACAAAAGCGCUAUAUGUAGAGUCAAUUGGAAAUCCUACACUAGAUGUCCCAGACUUAAAGGCUAUAGCGGAUAUCGCACAUGCCCAUGGGAUCCCUCUGGUCGUAGAUAAUACCUUUGGAGCUGGAGGAUUUUUCGUGCGUCCGAUUGAGCAUGGCGCAGAUAUUGUCGUACAUUCUGCAACGAAAUGGAUCGGUGGUCACGGUACUACUAUCGGUGGGGUUAUCGUUGACUCAGGAAAUUUCGAUUGGGGCACGAAUAGAAGCCGAUUUCCACAGAUAGUUGAGUCAUCCUUGGGGUACCACGGCCUAAGUUUUUGGGACACUUUUGGUCGCGAGGCUUUUGCUAUUCGUGUGCGAGCCGAAAUUCUCCGGGAUUUAGGAAGCUGUUUAGACCCUUUUGCGGCUUUCCAAUUGAUACAGGGCAUCGAGACACUUAGUUUGCGCGCCGAACGUCAUGGGGAAAAUGCCCUUUCAUUAGCGCACUGGCUAGAGAAAAAUCCCUUGGUGGCUUGGGUUUCAUACCCGGGGCUUGAGACUCAUCGAUCGCACGGGAUGGCCAAGAAAUAUUUGCAUCGUGGCUUCGGUGGCAUAUUAACUUUUGGCGUCAAGGAUAUAGACGCCACCGCACGAGUAGUUGACGGCUUCCAGAUGAUUUCUAAUUUAGCUAAUGUAGGCGACUCGAAGACCCUCGCAAUUCACCCGUGGUCUACGACCCAUGAACAAAUGUCAGAAUCUGAAAGGCUAGCUUCGGGCGUCACGGAGGAUCUCAUCCGUAUCUCUGUUGGCACAGAGCACAUAGACGACAUAGUUGCCGAUAUUUCUCAAUCAUUUGCAGCUUCUUUGCACGCUGAGUGCUGA